AUGGCCGAAGAUCACGGGUGGUCGUCUCCGGGCGGCACCGGCGAGAGUCACGGAGGGAUCAGCGAUUCGGAGAUACUGCAGAAUCAGUUGGAGGUCGUCUUCUACCCCGACUCCAAUCACCGCCGUAAAUCCUCCCUCGUUAUGAUGGAGAAACCACGAAUCAGACCACAAUUAGAUCAGUACGACAAAUCUACGGCUUGCUAUGUGCAUUCCCUUAUCGCUGGCGAAUGGGCCGUACCGUCGACCCAUGUGGACGAGACCCAGGAUGCGAUCCGGACACUUAGUGACGAGGAGCCCAACGUCGACACAAAGUCUGGCGAAGAGGACGACGUGGUGUCUGUUAUUGAUAGCGACAAUAAGGUUCUCAAGCCGGUACCGACAGUCGUUCAAUCGCGCCACCUGACGAAGCGACAACUAUCUGACAUGGCAUGGAACGUGCGGAAACUGUCGAAGAAACUGGGUAGCAUCAAGCUUAAGCUCACGGUCAAGAACGUCUUCAUCGUGAGCAAAACACAUGAUGAGUCGUUGGUCAGUCUGACUAGGAAAGUGACUCGGUGGCUGCUAUCCAAGGACCGCGACGCGCCGUACAAUGUCUAUGUGGAGCGCCGCCUCGAGACACAUCCGGAUUUUGGAGCUCUGCAAUUAGUGCAAGAGGAGCCCUCGGCUAAGGGCCGGCUGCUUUACUGGGAUCCCAAGCUUGCGCAAGAACAGCCGCACCUAUUCGAUUUCGUGAUUACCCUUGGAGGAGAUGGGACGGUCCUCUACACGAGCUGGUUGUUCCAGCGUAUCGUGCCGCCGGUUCUAUCAUUUGCGCUCGGCUCACUGGGGUUCAUGACAAAGUUCGACUUUGCAGACCACCAAAAAAUCCUCGAAAAUGCUUUCCGGGAGGGCGUUGUCGUCAGCCUCCGAUUGCGCUUUGAAUGCACCAUAAUGCGGAGCAAAGCGCGGUUGAAGGACCCUAAUUCAAGGGCUCUCACAAGUCGGGAUCUGGUAUUAGAAUUGAUUGGCGAGGAAGGAGAAGAUACAUUAACCCAUACUCCGGACCGAGUCUACGAGAUUCUCAACGACGUCGUUCUGGACCGCGGUCCCAAUCCAACCAUGUCUCAAAUCGAACUGUUUGGCGACGACGAGCAUUUCACCACCCUACUUGCAGACGGAAUCUGCAUUGCAACCCCGACGGGCUCGACGGCGUACAAUCUCGCGGCCGGCGGCUCGCUGUCACACCCGGAGAAUCCAGUUAUUCUGGUAACCGCCAUUUGCGCCCACACCCUAUCCUUCCGUCCGAUUAUCCUACCAGACACUAUUGUGCUACGCAUGGGUGUGCCCUACGAUGCGAGGACCAGUUCGUGGGCUAGUUUCGAUGGACGGGAGAGAGUCGAACUACAUCCCGGCGAUUACGUGACCGUGUCUGCAUCGCGAUACCCAUUCGCCGGUGUGUUGCCACAGGAUCGGCGUGGCGAAGACUGGGUGCACAGUAUAUCUAAAACGUUGAAUUGGAAUUCCCGGACUAAGCAAAAGAGCUUUACCAGGCCUUGA